CUUUCUCUUUCUUUCUCUUUUUAAAGGGCUUUUUUUAUUCCUUUAUUACUUAUAUCUUGCUGAGCAAGCGUUAAAACUGAGUUGGUUAUAUACAUGUCUUCUAACGGAAAUCAUAAGAAACAUACACAUGCCAGAGGUUAAUUGUAGUCAUUUUUAUAAACAACUUUAUAUAAAUCAACCACAAUAGAUCUUUUAACUGAAGAACAACAACACACUUUGAGAAGCAAAGUGAAUAAAAUAGAAAAACUUCGAUCAGGUAGUUUAGUAACUGCUAUUUUCUUUUUUUUUUCUGUCUGUGUGUAUUUGUGUUUAGUAUUAUAAGCUUAUCUUUGGUGUGUAUUUAGAAAUAGUCUCGCUAUCAAAACCUCUUUUACAAUCAGGGGCGAAUUGGCCUAAACAUGUCACAACGGGUACUUUGGCGAUUUUUCAAGACGAAGAGAGUUGGAAUAGCAUCAAUAGAAUCCAUAAAAGACCAAAGAUAAUGGGAGGUAUCAAAGGAUCAUCAUGGAGUUCGAUAAAGGAUACACUCAAUUUAAAUUCAGAAGAUGAAAGUCAUUCAGAAAGUGAAUUGUCAACAGAUACAGUCAAGUUUAAUACAGAUGAUAUGGUAACACUAGGCUCAAUGCCAAUGGAAGAAGAAACGAUUGUGGUGAAGUGUAGUCAUUGUCAAAGGCCUGUCCUGCCAAGCAAAUUUAGGAAACACGCAGAAACAUGCUUAGGUGAUAGAUUGAUGCCUAGUGCUUUAUCAAAUCAAGAGUAUGUGUUGAACUCAUCUGAUAAAAAGAGGAGGCUGCGUCCUGGUAGUAUCGAAGAUACAGAUACAGAUACAGAAUCAAAUGGAAAACCAAUACCUGAAAAGAAAAAAAGUAAAAAACUAAGGAGAGGAAAAGCACCCUUGGACUUGGAUAAGCAAUGUGGAGUGAUAUAUGGUCCAGAUGGCCUUCCUUGUACAAGAUCAAUAAAAUGUAAAACUCACUCGAUGAGUGCCAAACGCGCAGUAGAAGGCAGAUCUCAGCCAUAUAAUGUGCUCUUGGCAGCAUACCAAAAGAAGCCUAUUAUAAAGUCCAUUGGAAAUGAUAUUGUGCUUAAUGACUCAGAACAGCUAUUGAAGCAUCAUAAAAAACUGCAAGAAAAAUCAUUGUUAUUUCACUCUAAGCCCUCAAAAAGCGAACCACCGGUUAGACAAGGCAAGGAAGAAGAGUUUUAUAUUGAUUCUGACGAAGAGUUAGAAAGUGUGAUGCAAGCUCUUCAAUCUAGCCAACCUAGACCAUUAGCAGAAAAACACUACUCUUACACUAAACGUAAACGCCAAUGCAUCCGGUUGAGGACUAUUUUAUUAGAUGCCAUAACACCUAAAAUAGGAAUAGAAAAUGAUGGAUUUCGGCAUAGUUAAAGACAAGGAAGCACAAAAAAUGUUUUUAGCUUCAAAAAGUAUAAUUAUAUUGUACAUACAUUGCAUAAAUAAACUUGGAUUAAAAAGUAUUGAAUAUAACCCCGGUACCUGGAU